AUGGCAAACACUAGGUUCCGCCUGGGAACCUUUCGGCAAUGGAAUCCUUUCCAAGAUAAAGCUCAGCCUCUGCAUGAUCUAUCCAAUAUUUGUCGAUACCCAAGUCCUGUCUCGAUCACUGCCACUCCGCCUCCCUCCAACGCUAGUGACACAGUCUCGAGGGCCCCGAAUGGUCAUUCUCUCAAAGCUGGAAAACAUCCCCUACCCGCCCGCCCGUCAGUCGAGGUUUGCAUGGAUAGUGGCCUACGGUCGGCUACUCAAGCUCCUGGUCUUGGACCAGCUGACUCAGAGCUAGUUAACCAGAGCUCUCCGACAUCUAAUUCCGACGAUCCUACCCAGCCUCGAGAAGUCUGCGGCGGUGAAAAUAUCGACCCUGUAAUCCUCUGCGAUAAAGGUUUCACUGGUACGAAGCAGAUCCGGGAAUCAGAGAGCGUCUCUGGUGUUGGAUCGGGCCAAGAUCUUGCUCUUGCGCAAGGAGAUUCCUUAUCGGGAUCUUGCGCCUCGGAGGUUGAUUCGCCCUCUCGCCUAAGCCAAGGUGCGCAGGGUAGGGCGACCGGUUCCAAUGAACAGAAUACCCAGGUCGGGAAACGCCGAAGCCCUGGGAGGAAACAUACUAAAAAGGUUUCCCGUCGGCUUCCCAAUUCAGGAACCCGUCACCGCAAGCAUCCGACUUUUUCCACUAUUCACUCUCAAUUCAUGGCUAUGUCAGUUGAAGGUCGACUGCAGUUUCUGUCUUGGCUGUUCGAGGGGGCUUUGUCACACUGUGUUUCUGUUUCCCCAAGUACAAAUGCCGCUUCUUCCAUCGGCUGCAGUCCAUAUAUUGACACAGAAAUGGCGUGUGACCGCGACCAUCCAAACUUGGGUGCCGAGAUUGCAGAUGUGCAGAAUGCACCAUCCACGAGAAAGGGCCUACUAUGGUCCGAGGAGGAAGGUCGCCUCUUAGUGAAGCUUAGGGAUGAGCAAAAGCUCGCUUGGUCAGAGUUGACUGAGCAUUUUACACGAGAAUUUCCCGGGCGGAGUAAAGGGUCUAUACAAGUGUACUGGAGCACUAAACUCAAGAAAGAACGGUUGUCCUGGUCUUUUCCUUCCGAUUGA